AUGAAGAUCGCCCCUUUCUGGGUUUCUAUCGCCCUAGAGGCUCUAGCAGUCCUUGCUGAGCCCAUAAAAAUUUCUGCUACAUCCACUACCUCUACUGCCGCGAAACCAACCUGUACAGCUUCUCUCAUCACCAAGCUCUGCAGCUACAAGGAACCCGAGGAAGGGACUGCCGUUGCCGCCAGUGGUACCGACACCUGCUGGGACUACUGUAACGCCCACCCUCCUUGCGACUUUUCCAUCUUUGUUCGUGGCAACCCCUACACGGGCACCGGCACAUGCUGGCUGUACCCGGGUGAAACCUUCGAUGAGAGCGAAGGUAGUUCGGAUUGCGCAGAUCCCUACCUAUCAGUCUACGACAAGCCCGUAUGUUCUGGCGGCCCAACCCCCACCACGGGCGGCUGCACCGCCACCGAGACCCCCUCUGCUAUUGCCUCGGUCUGCGGGUACCCGCCGCCUGAUGACUGCGAAAAAACUUGCACUGCCAGUGACAAUGCGCAGAGCUGCUUGAAGCAAUGUGCGAAUGCCGAUUCCUGCAGCUAUGUCGUCUUUAACGCGAACAAUCCAAACCACUCGCCAUAUCUCUCGGGCAAUUGCUGGAUGUUUUCGAGUGGCACAUUUGACAAGGGGUCUACGACCACUUGCGAUGGCAAGCCCGAGCAGUAUGUGUAUGAAAAUGUGUGCCCCAAGCCAUUGCUUUAG